AACCAUUGUUACAUGUCUUGGGGGAUAAAUUUUGAGAGAUAAUUGAAGCGGGGGGAGGAAAACAGCCACCCACAAGAUGAGUCCUGAGGAAGUGAGAAGAACAGGUGCAGAAGGAUCCAAGAGGCCACCAGGGAACAACAACCCAGGUGAGGUUUUGCACCAGAGGCGCAAGCUGCCCUUCAGCACAGCUACCAUGGCAGUUACCGGGUUCGGGAUCACCGCUGCUAUAGGGUAUAUGGUGUUGUAUGCCAAGAAAAAACCCGAAGCUAGCGCCAGUGAUGUUGCCAAGGUAGCUACCGGUGCUGCCGAUCCUGAGGACACUCAUCCCAGGGAGUAGAAGGUUGUGAUUGUUUGUUCCUUCUGUUUGUAGUCUAUAUGGAGGGAUGUAGUUUAUAUUUGAAAUGCUGAUUAGUUGCUUUCUGUUCUGCUGAUCUCUUUUCUUUUCUAUUCUUUUCAUCAUCACGAUGGAGAAUAUAGCCAUGAUAAAUUGUAUCCAUUACCAAGUCCAUUUUUGUUUUUGCGG